AUGCAGCAGGCGCUGCAGCGCGAUCAUGUGGAUGACGCGUCUGAACCGCUGCGGGAUUUCGCGCCGCCCACCGAGCAGGGCGAAGGAUCGGACGCGCCCACCCAACUACUCUUCUCCUCGACCGUCACGCGCGGCAAUUUCCACCAGUGCGGCUCGGGCCGCCGUGUAAAGCUGUAUGCGCUCAAGGGGCAGGCUUGGAUGGAUUGUGGGACGGGCUACUGUGCAGGCGUAUAUAACGAGGAGAAAGACGAGGCGCUAUUGGUGGUGCGCAAAGAAGAGUUUUGUGAAUCGAUCGGCGAUGUUGCAGAUGCCGCUGCCCCCGUGCUAGACGCGCCACAAUCGUACAUGCUUGUUGUGCGCGCGUCGCUCGACACCGAUGAUUUUAUUUUGUGCUCGCCCGUCGCCGAAGAAGACGUAUACCAACGGCAGCAGGAUACCCUGGUAGUGUGGACCGAGCCCGACGGCACGGAUCUGGCGCUCAGUUUUCAGGAAUUGGAGGGGUGCAACGAGGUGUGGGAAUUUCUGAGUGAAGUACAGCACCAUUUCUUGCUUAACGGCGAGGUCUCGUUCAGUGCUUGGUCCGACAAGAGCAAGAGUGCACUGGACCCCGAGUUUUCCGGCGAGCUAGACGAUGCGCCAAGCAGAGCGCCGUUUGCUUUGCCCCUUCCCGAGCUGGACAAUCUAGGGUACAUUGAUGCAGCUUUGCGCGAUGCAUGCAUGCACAGCGUCCUGACGCGCGAAAAAGCAAUCGAGUGGGUCCUCUCCACGGAUUACAUUCGCAAACUGAUACCCAAGUUCGAUGCUGCAGAGCAUGGUGAGGAUCUCGCCGCGCUGCAUCGACUAUACAAUAUUAUGCGCACGCUGGUCACUGUCAAUGACAACGUCCUGGUCGAAUAUCUAUUGCAGGAGGACGUGUUUUUCGCCGCGAUCGGAAUGCUUGAAUACAGCCCUGCAUUGCCUACCAUGAAGAUUGGAUUUCGCGAGUUUAUGCAGCACACAGUACAGCACCACGUCGUUGACUUUGACGCUACGAUGGAGACCAAGAUUGCCGAGACGUACCGACUUGUGUACCUAAAGGAUGUGGUAUUUGCCCAGUUUAUGGACGACGCACUGCUUUCGAUGAUGGGCUCACUGGUCUACUUUUACCAGAGCGAUAUCGUGACACACUGCGUCACAAAUCCACGGUGCCUCGAGCAGCUCCUGGAGAUUGUUGCAAAUAGCGACGCGGCCCAAAAACGCGAGGCGGUCCAAUUUCUUCAGCAGCUGUGCGCGAUGGCGAAGCAGGUCCAAUUGGCCGGCAGGGUCAACUUGUUCCGCACACUUGUCGAGCGCGAUGUGCUGCGCAUCGUCGAGUACGCACUGGCGCAGUCAGAUCGGACCGUGCGCAAUGCCGGCGCGUAUAUGCUAUCGGUCAUCUUGGAGUACGACGCUGGAUGUGUGCGUCAGUAUGUCCAAAGACAACUUGAUAGCAGCGAGCGGCCUUUUUUGACCAUGCUCGUUGACUUGCUGCAUGCCACGCCGGAUCUUGGGCUCAAGGGCCAGCUUGCCGAGAUGGUCAAGUCGCUCCUGGACGUGACGCAGGAGCAGCACGAAAAGAAAAGUGCAGAGUCGGAGCGCUACUUGACGUGGGUGUAUGAAGCGUGCAUUGAAUCCCUUUUUACUCCGCUCAAAACAUUGCCGCUUGGUGCGCCUGCGCGAGUAGAGCGCCACGCAGUCCCCGAUGCAAUGCUCUAUACCCUCUUGUGCGAUUUGCUUUGCUUUAUCGUGCAGCAACACUCGUUCCGCAGCCAGUUUUACGUGCUCACUUCGGACGUGCUGAAACACAGCCUGACGCUCUUGCAAGCGCGCGAAAAAACACUGCGGCUUGCCGCCGUGCGUGUUCUUUGUGUAUGCCUCGCAUCGAACAACCAGUUUACGCAUCGGCACCUUGUCGCUAUUGGCGCGCUUGCUGAGAUGCUGCGCGUACUUGAAUUGGAGGCGCCGCGCGAUAAUUUGGUUAGUUCCGCAGUGCUGGGCUUUUUUGAGCUGAUCCGGCGCAAUGACAUGCAAAAGCUUGCGUCCGAACUGCGUGCAUCGCACAGGAGUGCCAUGGAACGGCUUGCAUCCAUACCUGCAUCACGCGCCUGUUUUAGCCAUUUCCUGCUGCACGAAGGUGUGCAGCCGGAACAGACGAGUCCAGAGUCUUUGGACGGGCUGCAAGCUGGGGACGAGGAGAACUAUUUCGCGUCUGAGGAGGCUACGCCGCUUGUUCCCUACAGCGACGACGACGAGGAAGAAGAAGGGAAAGAAGAGGAGAUCGAUACCGAGACAUUGGAUCUGUCGCUGGAGAAAAUGCGCCGACGCAAAUGUGCGAGUGCAGACGAGGACGAUGGGAUUGCGCGGCUAGCCAAGCGCAAGCAUACGAGCCGUGAUGCGCCUAUGAUACCAGAGCUGCCUAUUUCGGCAAAUGGGCAGCGUGGGUAG